UCAGUCCUCUCACCGCUGCGCUGGUGCUUCGCGAGAGAGACUGGAAGGCACGUUGUUAUUUCGGUGAGCUCGCUACCAAAAUGGCUGCCUCUUGAUUGCCAAUCGAUCGAUUAUUUCUUUGCUCUUUUAUCGCGAGCACGCAAGUUAGUGUCUUGCAAAGUGUAGUAGUGCCUGAAAGUACAAGAAGCUAAUAUUAAAGAAGAACAACGAAGGUGCGCGUACAGAACAGUCGACCAUCGAUGAGGUGACCAGCAGCAGCAGCGACAGUAGUACAAGAGAAUCAUGACGAGUGUGCAGGUGUCAUUGCUAGUUUUAGUGCUACUGGCUCUAGAAGCAAGCAACUGGGUGGAAGCUCACGUAGCACUUACCUUUCCUAGAGCCAGACAUUUUGAUCUUGACUUUCUAGACAAUGCGCGGACACCUGGGCCAUGUGGCAUGCCAAAAGGCGACAUCAAGACAACGCUACUGUCUGGCAACAGCUUCAACGUCACAUGGCACCUGGCCUAUCCACAUAGGGGCGGCUUCAGACUGCAAAUACUCGAUGCUCUAGACAGACCGCUCGUCGACCUCACUCCCGUAACCAAACAGAGUGAAUUUGUCGAGAAUGACGCUACAGCGCAGAGCUAUCUGGUCGAGUUGCCGAACAACUUCACCUGCGUCGACUGCACUGUACGACUACUCAGGGAGGCCGAAGAGUGGGGCACGACCUACAGAUUCUGGUCGUGUGCUGACGUCGACAUCGUCGAGAGAAAGAUGUACCGCGAGGACUGCAGCGGCCACGGGCGCUCAGUGGUAGGCCGUUGUCGCUGUGACAGAUUCUACCAUGGAGCGCGAUGCCAGUAUCGCGAAGAGUGCCUGGACGACUCUGAUUGCGGUACACAAGGGGCAUGCAUCGACAACGGAGGUACCACUUCGCCCACUAAACACUGCUACUGUAACGUUGGAUGGUAUGGGCCAGGAUGCUCCAAGCGCUCGGUAAUGAAGAACAUCGAGCUUGACCUGGCGUCUUACUCGAUGAAGCGUUUCUCCGCCGACUUCACCUUCUAUUGGCGCAUCCUCAAGGAUUCGCGAGAGUUUGAAGGCGUGGCAGUAGUGAACGGUACUUCAUGGGUGGGCGUGGGUUGGCGACCUGCAAGCUUAACAUCCGCAUGCCGAGCCAUUCCCGAGAUUCAAGAGAUCCACGAGAUUCAGGAACAUGGCAGGAAAGGCUCGAGUGCCGAACCUUUGCCCCGUCCGGAGCCCAAAUCCGAGCCAGAGCCGGAAUCGGAACCCAACGCCACGACGACAGCGCGCUCGGAGUCUGCGACCGCCGAACCUGAGCCCGAAGUAACCACGACGCGCGCCAGCAAUAACAAGCGUUCGGCUAACCACGAGGUAACAUCGCGUCCUGGCAGCGACGUCACUGUUCAAACUAGCGUCACCUAUCGCGUCAGUACGAAGCAAGGCCGCAGUAGAAGAUCACUGGAUUCGCCACUACCAACCGACGAGCCAGCUAGCAGCGGCGACCACGAGCCCGUAUCAAUUACAGAGCCCGAACCAAAAACGGAACCUGAGCCAAAAUCCGAGCCCGAGACGCGAUCCGAGCCCGAGCCAAAAUCCGAGCCAAAAUCCGAGCCAAAAUCCGAGCCAAAAUCCGAGCCAAAAUCCGAGCCAAAAUCUGAGCCAAAAUCCGAGCCAAAGUUCGAGCCCGAGUCGAAAUCCGAUCCCGAACCAAAAUCGGAGCCUGAGACGCGAUCCGAUCCCGAGCCGAAAUCCGAACCCAAUCCAAAAUCCGAGCUCCACCCUGUGCCAGAAGAAAUACCACGAUCAGAAGUUGCCAAAGCUCACAAAUACACGCCCAAACACGAUUUCAAUCCGAUGGAUUGCACGGACAUUGUGAUUGGCUCUGCGCGGGGCAUGCGCCAUCGCAUUGGCGACUACUAUACGCGCGAUCGUUCGACGCCCCGUCCGGACUCAUUUUGGGGUGGCAAAGACAGCCUCACUGCUGCAAUGGGCUUCGAGAGAGACGGCGUGACUACCAUUUUGUUUAGACGGAAACUGCUGUCCGGGGAUCAGCAUUUCAGCGACCAUGAAAUCCGCGACGCCGCAAUGCAGGUGAUUUGGGCCAAAGGUCAAGAGCCAGAUCGAUACGUACACGUACCGGCCAGCGGAGUCGAGCAUGGCGGUGGCACGCUCAGCGUCAAGGACUUUUACAAAGCCGACGAAUUGAAAUACCACGGGCACAAGUUACAGCGCGGCCUCGCGACAAUCAACUUUUUCGAGGAGAAAGGUAGAGACGCUCUCAAAGGGGAUUCGUCACUGCUGAAUAAUGGCAAGUGCAGUGGCGAGUGGCGCCAUCCACGGCAUUGCUUGCCGGAAAAUUAUACUUGCGAGUAUAGAGUCCAGUGGGUGUAUAAAGCGAAAAAAGAUGAGAUCUCAUUUACGAUCGUCACGAGCAACGUCGAUACUUGGACGGGAAUCGGACUGUCCAAGGACGAGAAAAUGACCCAGACAGACGCGAUUCUUGGUUGGGUGGAUAAAUCGAGCGGCAGAGCGUUUCUCAUGGAUACCUGGAUCAACGGCUACAACUCGCCGGUUCUCGAUAGCUCGCAAGAUAUUUUCAAUUCGUACGGUCGCAUUGAAAACGGAGAAACAACACUGACGUUCAGCAGAAAAAGAGCGACGGACGAUAUUCGCGACUUGGCCUUCACGGAUGACCAGUGUCUGUAUUUCAUGUUCCCCGUGAAGGGAGGCAUUUUCAAUCCUGUCAACAAAAAGAUUCGCAAACACGAGCAGGUUCCAAUCGUAGCUGCGCAUCAAGUCUGUAUCAAAUCUUGUGGAAUUGCAGCAGGACGAUUUUCAGAUGAAGUUGAUAUGGCGACGACCACAACAGUGCCACGGCUAAGCUACAACGUGGAAAUACGACUGAUAAAUUUGGGAGACGGUUACAAAGCCCCACUGCCUGGCAGUGAAGACUUUGAGGAUCUGUCUAACGUUAUUGCAGCGAGUUUCUCGACAAUUUUGCACAAAGUUCCCGGCUUUCAACAGUUCAAGCUCAUGGAACUUGUCAAAACGGGAAACAAUGGCGUAAUAGCAAAGUUAAUUUUGGCAAUGGAUAAGAACGAGAUCAAAAAUCGAGCACUUAAGCGAGAGGAGGCUGCAGCUUUAGCCGAGGCUGCAAUUUUAGAGGCGCUUACUACUGGCAAAAUUGGUGCCCUUACUGUCGAUCCUAACUAUCUCAUAGUUGGCUCGCAGCAAAGUGAUUUUGAGAACGAUUUGGAUAACGCGAGUACCGAGAAUACAUUGACGGCUGGACUGUUGCUGGGUCCAACGAAACUUUACAUCGUUAUCGCGUGUCUGGCGGCGCUGCUGGCUUUGGCCUUGCUGCAAGCUAGCUGCACCAUAUACAAAGCAUCCAAGAAACGAACAACCAAGGACCAUCUGAUAACGAAGAACCCGUGGCGCGACUAUUCGACGAGCGCCAACACCAAUUUCGCGUUCGAGGCUUUCGAAACCGAGGAGAAGUCAACGCCAUCGCAGAUCAGCCAGCACGCUCUGCCGGCCCCUCUCCGAGAGAGUCUUCCGCGAGCUGCACGAGAGAUGAGGAUGAGCAACGGGGGCCACUCUGGCGGGGACUUUGACAGCGACAACCAGCAGCAGCAGCAUCACCACCAUCACCACCAGCCGCCGCUGCACCAACUGCUGUUGCAGACGCCCGGCAGCCGCAACAGCAUGAGCGCGCUGCCACCCGGUCCCCGAGCUACGUACAGCCUGCCGCGUGCGCCGGGUCCCCGACAAUCCUCAGCAGCUGUCGCUGCCGGCAUGUCGCCGAUUGUCGGCCAGCCCAAUCAAGCCGGUUAUUACACUCAGGACCGACGGCAGAUGCCGAGAUAUGCCAACAGAAGUGCUAAUGGCCAUCAUCAGACCGCUGGAAACUUGCAAGCGCAACCUGACUUUUACUUCAUGCCCAGCCAACGGAAGUACAGCGGCGAGGUGGUGCGCGUUUACGUCGACUAUGCCGGCAACCAGCAGCAGAAGCAGAAAUGACGUGAAACUGAUGUGCAUACGCUGCACUAAGUCUCGAGAUGAGGAAACAUUAUUUUCAACGCUUUAAUGCAUGGUGGAUUGAAAGACGCGUGAUUUGUAUAUUCAAUUUGCAAAUAAAUUUGCGCCUUUUUCAAUCCGCGCGUAAAAUUCAAUUGAGUUCUACAAUAAUAUUUUGUAUAUAUAAUAAUAUCUAUUGUUGUUGAAAGUCCAUCGCUAAUUUCUUCUCAUAUUGAAGCGCAAAUUGUCAAAAAUUCUUUUCAGCAUUGGCAUACGAGCUUAAUUGGCCGUUCUGGUAUCACUUUGCCCUCAUUAAAACUAAUAA